AUGGAGAACUACCAGAAACUCGAGAAGAUUGGCGAAGGCACCUACGGUGUUGUUUACAAAGCCCGAGACUUAGCACACGGUGGCCGCAUCGUCGCAUUGAAGAAGAUCCGACUCGAAUCUGAGGAUGAGGGUGUCCCUAGUACCGCCAUCCGAGAGAUUUCUCUGCUCAAGGAGAUGCGUGACCCUAACAUCGUCAGACUGUUUAACAUCGUCCACGCCGAGGGCCACAAGCUCUAUUUAGUCUUCGAGUUCCUCGACCUCGACUUGAAGAAGUAUAUGGAGGCACUCCCUGUCAGCGAUGGUGGUCGCGGUAAAGCCCUGCCUGAAGGUUCAGGGCCUGAGUUGGGACGUCUCGGACUCGGUAGUGGAAUGGUUCGUCGGUUCAUGAGCCAGCUUUGCGAAGGAAUUCGGUACUGUCAUAGCCACCGGAUUCUGCACCGGGAUCUCAAGCCCCAGAACUUGCUGAUCGACCGCGACGGAAAUCUGAAGCUUGCUGACUUUGGUUUGGCGCGUGCUUUUGGAGUGCCCCUUAGAACGUACACUCAUGAGGUCGUGACUCUCUGGUAUCGAGCUCCAGAGAUUCUGCUUGGCGGUCGACAGUACUCUACAGGCGUUGACAUGUGGUCCGUGGGCUGUAUCUUUGCCGAGAUGUGCACCAGAAAACCCCUGUUCCCCGGAGAUUCGGAGAUUGACCAGAUCUUCAAGACAUUCCGCUUACUGGGUACGCCUACUGAGGAGGUUUGGCCUGGAGUCACUUCUUACCCCGACUUUAAACCCUCGUUCCCCAAGUGGGUACGUGAUCACUCGACGGUUCUGUGCUCAAAUCUCGAUGAGAACGGCCUAGAUCUCCUCGAGGCUUUACUCGUAUACGACCCCGCAGGUCGAAUCUCUGCCAAGCAAGCCUGCCAUCACCCCUACUUCAAUGAUCUCCAUCGCCAACAAACUCGAUAUGGAAGCAAUGGUUACUCCUGA